AUGACAGAAUUUAAAGCAUUCGCGGGUAGAUAUGAUAGUCGGUGCAGUGCUAGAUUAGAAGCUGCAUUAGAUUUAAUGAGGAAAAGACAAGCAGCCAGAUCUCAGAAAAAUGAUUUAAACCGGCUUACAAUCGAGAAGCCAAUGCGAUCCCUCGACUCAGACGUCGUGAUAAGCGAGCUGCGCGUGAGGAUGCCAAGUAAGCCGUCUUGGGUUCGGGUCGAUCGAUGCGCCUUCAACGCCGACAACUCCAGCCUGGACACGAAGCUGCUCUUCCCCGAUCUCACGAUAAGUGGAAGCGUGUCGCUCAGGCCGCGUGGCGCGACAUGCAACAUGGUAUUGCGAUUGCGAAGAGCGGGAAUACGUUUCACAACUCGACCAUUGUCGCGAUCUGAAGGAAGCGUCAGCGUUCGUACGGAUUCUCAAUUCACCGAACCAGGUUUCCUAAGUGUUUUUGCUCACGGUUGUGAGGUAAGAAAUUAUCACCAGCACAGAAGAAAUUCAAAGUAUCUAUUUCAUGGUGCCAACUAUGAUCCAUUCUUGGAUCGUGAUUUUGAUGGAAGAAGAGACAGAAAUGGAAAGUACAGAUACGACUCACGUUAUUAUAACGAUAGAAAUGAUUAUCAAGAUGAAUAUUAUGACAGGCAGCAUAAGAGUCACGGAAGAUCCGGAUUAGGAGAUGAUCGAUUCACUGUAUACGACAACGAGCCUGAAACUCGACAAUCCAGAAUAUUCGAUGUAUUCGAAUCAGAUUUCUACGGAGAUACAACUGAUGAUGGUGAAUUAGAACUUGGUGAAGAUUUUGGUGACGAUGGAGGCGGCAAUGAAGUAACACGUGAAAUGGAAGAUAUAUUCUCGAAAGGAAUUCGAGGAUUGCUUACAUCCUACAUGCAAAGAGCUCUACAACCGGCAAUUAAAGAAACAUUGAUGUCCAGCAUGGGGUACACUAUAUCUUAUGGUUAG